GACAAUCCAUGUGAUAGGCUCAGUCUAUGCGUUGUACUUGUACAAAACAAAAAUUUUUUGUUAUUUCCACCAUUAUAAGGCCUAUGCUUAUUAUAUAUGGGUAAAUUUAUGUGAAAAAGUUGUAAUUAAAGGUGCAAUAUCGCGUUAGUGUCGAUUAAUUAUGGUUUAUUCGAUAUUCUUACGAACGCUUUGACACAUUUGUUUAGUAUUUUCAACUUGUGGAUUUGUGCUCGGUUACAUAUGAGAUGGACGAAUCGCGUAAUAACAAUACGCACUACAUAACUCAAACACAAUCAGUACGAGAGCUGGGCACAACUAUGCCAACCUCUGCUGAUGCGUGUUUGAGUAUUGUUCACAGUCUGAUGUGUCAUAGACAAGGAUGGGAAACGGAAGGAUUCGCGAAACGAGCCAUCGAAAGUUUGGUGAAAAAGCUAAAGGAAAAACGAGACGAAUUAGAUAGUCUUAUAACAGCGAUCACUACCAGUGGAUCACAUCAAACGAAAUGCGUUACUAUACAGAGAACACUCGAUGGCAGAUUACAAGUCGCUGGUAAAAAGGGAUUUCCUCACGUUAUAUACGCUAAGAUUUGGAGAUGGCCGGAUUUACAUAAAAAUGAACUAAAGCACCUUAAAUUUUGCCAGUACGCGUUCGAUUUGAAACAAGAUUCGGUCUGUGUAAACCCAUAUCAUUACGAAAGAGUGGUUUCUCCCGGAAUAGAUUUCAGCGGGUUAAGCUUGCAACCCGGUAACUCGAGCGUUAUUAAGGACGAAUACUCGGCUACCUCUGGAUCCGCAUCCACCGGUAGUGCGAGUGGCAUUGAAGUCGAUAGUCAAGCUGGGACUCCGCCGCAAUACGCCAUUACCUCAUCUCAGCCUGUUGGUGUCGAAGGUGUACCAUCUCAAAGGCCAGUAUCGCCUAAUCAUAGCCAUAAAAACGGGUUCGCCGGUAGCGCUGUCGAUAACGCUGCGCACGCAGUCAAUUGGAUGCCCAACAACGAUGUUAAGUACAAUCGCAUGAUUUCCGGCCCUGGUCCGGGUCCGGGUCCAGGUCAUCCUAAUUACGUUAACGGCGUGCAAACAUCGGCACCUGUUUCGCCAUCCGCUAAUGUCAACCAAAACGGCUUCGCUCCGACGAUUAACACUAACGCCGCGAAUCCUAAUUCACCUUCUAAUCAUUCUCCGUCCAGCCAGCAAGGAAAUAAUCUUCCGCAGCGCAACUGGACUGGUAGCAGUACGUUAAUCUAUACGCGUCUAAUGCAGCCAAAUCAGUCUAAUUAUUGGACGCAUAAUAUGCCGCAAGAUAUGAACGCGCCCGGAGGCCUGAUAUCGAAUCAACCGGCGCCGGAGCACUGGUGCUCGAUAGCGUACUUCGAAUUGGAUACCCAAGUCGGCGAAACGUUCAAAGUUCCUUCUUCUUUACCAAACGUUACCGUGGACGGAUAUGUCGAUCCUUCCGGCGGCAAUCGGUUCUGUUUGGGCGCACUCAGCAACGUUCACAGGACGGAGCAGAGCGAAAAAGCGAGAUUACACAUCGGCAAAGGCAUUCGAUUGGAUUUACGAGGCGAAGGAGAUGUGUGGUUAAGUUGCCUAAGCGAGCACGCCGUAUUCGUGCAAUCCUAUUAUUUAGACCGAGAAGCCGGACGAGCUCCGGGCGACGCCGUUCAUAAGAUUUAUCCGGCAGCUAAUAUCAAGGUGUUUGAUUUGAGACAGUGUUACCGUCAAAUGCAGCAACAAGCUUUGACAGCGCAAGCGGCAGCUGUAGCUCAGGCAGCAGCGGUCUCCGGCCAGAUUCCGGGCGCUCCCAGUGUAGGCGGUAUUGCUGCGACCACCUAUAGUAAUAGCUCCAUUAGUGUCGAUGACUUGAGACGCCAGUGCAUAUUGAGGCUGAGUUUUGUCAAAGGCUGGGGCCCCGAUUACCCCAGAGCUAGUAUCAAGUUUACGCCAUGUUGGAUUGAAGUACAUCUUCAUCGUGCUUUACAAAUAUUAGACGAAGUUUUACACGCCGUACCUUUGGACGGUACCAGAACGAUAUAAAUUUCGCAACCGUGUACUUCUACUUACCCCUACUCGGUGUACAAAAAGUCAUUAUUAAAGAUACUCGAGGAUUUCAAAAAAGGCAGCUGUCAAGCUGGAGUGGAGAAAACGUCAUUCAAUCCAGCCAACGUCGAACGAACUCGCCGAAUAUUACUUAUUUAUUUUAUUAAUGUGUAUUUUUUUGUGUUUCGUUUUAUUAUUUUUUUAAUAAGCCUGUUUGUUGUAGUAUGCUUUUGAAUUUUUACGUCGUCGUGUGGUUGUUGUGUGAGUGUGUGUGAGUGUGGGUUUGUGUGAUUAGGUGUUUUUUUUUCUCGAAUGUAUGACUAUUGACUUACCUACUCUUAGGAGGACGUGUAAUUAUUUUUCUUUUUUUUGUCUGUACGACAUUAUAAUAAGUUGUCGUUACCGGUAGAAUUUUAGAAACAGAGUGUUGCAAAUGAGUCGAAUCCAUUACAGCGAUUGUAUGUAGUGUCGAUUGGAAAAAAUGUAAUAAUUGGGCAAUAUUCGCCUUAAGGUAUGAAAGUUUUUCACUUUUAAGAAUGCCUGGUAUUUGUUCUUCGGGCUUGUUUAUCGUAGAAUUACCUACGUAUAUAUUUUUUUUUGGUGAAAAGUGAAAAAAUUACCACCAUUACCGCAGAAGAACGUGAUAUUUAAUUUGAAUUCCUUUAUCGACCGUGUCGAUAUAGAAAUCUGAGGUUGAGAUUUCGUAUCCCCGCCUUCUUCUGUGGUUCUAAGUAAUGAUUUGGUGGUACAAAUAUCGUUCGAGGGCAUUUUUCAAGAAAAUCUCCGGCAAUAAAUAAAAGCCCAGAUGCUAUUUUGUGUGUUAGUUUUUAUUGGAAUUACGUAUUUAUACAUAUUGUAUAAUUUGUGUGUUUUUAUUCUAUUAUUAUUAUUUUCAUUUUAUUGUUGAUCUUACGUCUUUUGAGAAUGUAUAUUUUUGUGACUCUUUAUUAUUUACGUUGUAAUGUUUCGUGUUUUUCUUUUUUGCCCCUUUCUUUUCUUAUAUUUUGUUGUCGAUUCGUAUUUCGUACGAAUCGCCGAUAACGACCAUUUUUUAAUGUCCUGUUUAACAUUUUUUUUUCUUUUUGCGAAUCGGUUCCCCUUCUCUUUGGUCCGGUGGCCGGGAGGGUAUUUUUCUAUAUAUUUUUUUUCUUUUUUUUUUGGAAAGUAGAAAUGGAUUUUGCUCACCAUUAUGUUAGAUUAGUGAUGUGUGUAAUUUUUUCGACGAAUCGCAUCGUUUUACUUAUUUUUGUUUUUACUUUUUUUUUCUUUCAAUUUUUUUUUCAUGUAAUAAUACCAUUUGUACUAUAAAGUUUUGUUACGCGAGUUAUUGAUGAAUGUAUAAAUUUUUAUUAAAGUUGCUUUUUUUAGUUCA